AUGGAUCCUAAUUUGAGACCAGCCGUCAAACGCGUGCAAAAACACUGGGAUCAGCCAAAAAAUGCGACUCCACCGCCUCAACUGACCGUCUACAAUAGUUUGACUCGUCAGAAAGAGGUUUUCGUUCCGAAUGAAGGAAAACGAGUCAGAUGGUACAUUUGCGGUCCGACAGUCUACGAUUCUUCGCAUAUGGGCCAUGCUCGAUCCUAUCUCUCUUUGGAUAUUUUGAGAAGAGUCUUCAGGGAUUAUUUCGGAUAUGAUGUGGAAUUUAUCAUGAAUAUCACUGAUGUGGACGAUAAAAUCAUCAAAAGAGCUCGUCAAAGCCAUCUGCUCAAGUCGUACUUCAACGAAUCGCAGGCUCCACCUGUGAUGAAAGUGUGCGAGGACGUUGUCGCCGCGCUGGAACAUUUCAAGACGAAAUUCGAAACUGAAAUGGAUCCGGACAAGAAGAAGAUGUUCGAAGUGAUGAUAAAGAAGGUUCAGCAGCAAUCGAGUGCGCUGGAAGAAGCUAUGAAGGCUCAAGACUCGAUUGCCACUGAAGAAGCCAAAGGCCGUCUGCUCAAUGAGUCGAGAGAUGUGCUCUCCGAGUGGCUUGAUCAUAAUCAUGGAAAGGAUGUGAGGGAUCAUAGUGUGUUUGAUGAUCUCGCGAAGACCUACGAAAAGGAGUUCCUAGCCGAUAUGGCUCGUCUCAACGUUCUCCCGGUCGACGUGCUCACCAGAGUCUCCGAAUAUGUGCCCGAAGUCAUCACCUACGUCAAAAAGAUCAUUAGCAAUGGAUAUGCAUACGCCGCUGAAGAUGGAAGUGUCUAUUUUGAUACGAAAGCUUUCGAGCAGAAUCCGAAGCAUUUCUAUGCGAAAUUGGUGCCAGAAGCUUAUGGAGAGGAUAGUGAGCAGCUGCUGAAGAAUAUGAAGGAGAGUGAAGGAGAGCUGAGUAUGUCUGAUGAUAGGCUCAAAUCGAAGCGGAGCCCCAACGAUUUUGCUCUCUGGAAAUCGUCAAAAGACGGAGAACCAUUCUGGCCUUCCGAGUGGGGAAAUGGACGUCCAGGAUGGCACAUUGAGUGCUCUGUGAUGUCCUCGGCGAUUUGCGGCUCAAAACUCGACAUUCAUGCUGGCGGUUUCGAUCUGAAGUUCCCGCAUCACGAUAAUGAAAUUGCACAAGUCGAGGCUCACUACGACGAUCCUCACUGGGUGAACUACUUUUUGCACUGUGGAACUCUUCGAAUUCAAGGAAUGAAAAUGUCGAAAUCGUUGAAGAACUUCAUCACGAUCCGGAAGGCUCUUGAAGAUUACACUCCGAGACAGCUUCGGCUUCUUUUCUUGAUGCAUAAUUGGGCUGAUGUUCUGGAUUAUAGCUCUUCAACUAUGGAAAGAGCCCUUCAAUUCGAGAAAAUCACCAACGAGUUCUUCCUUCUCGUCAAGGACUUUUUGAGAAGACACUACAAGCCAGAUCGAUCAGAAGGAUACCAAAAAUUCCAAGGAAAAGAGUUGAAGCUUAUGGAGGAAUUUGGAAAGCUCAAGUCGGAAGUUCACGAGGCGCUUUGUGAUUCGGUGGAUACCAGAUCUGUGAUCGAGAAGUUCCGAGAGCUGAUUUCCCUUGGAAAUGCCUAUAUUGUGGAGAAGGAGAAGGAGGGACACGUUCCGAAUUGCCUGUUGCUCAGAAAUAUCGCUGCCUACAUCACAAAUCUGCUCAAGAUCUUUGGAGCAAUUCCACAGAGCAACCAGGAGAUCGGAUUCGUUUCCGAGGAUGAGUGCAAUGGCGAAGGAGCUUCAACAUCGUUUAACAAGGAAGCCGUCGUCAUGCCGUACCUGGAUGCUCUUGCUCAAUUUCGCGAAAAAGUUCGGCUUAUCGCAAAAGAGCACAAAGUUAAUGGAAUUCUUGAGGAAUGCGACACUCUUCGUGACAAGACCCUCACCGAACUCGGAGUUCGCCUCGAGGAUCGAAAUGGUCAGACCGUUGUGAAGCUUGUGGAUCGUGCCACAUUGCUCCGAGAGCAAGAGCAGAAGGACACCGAGAAGAAGCGGAAGGAUAAGGAAAAGGCGGACAAGGAGCAAAAGGCUCGGGAGAAGGCUGAUAAGGAGGCGGCAGCGAAGAAGAUCAAGCCGGAAGAGCUGUUCAAGCAGGGAGAGCACGUCGGGAAAUACUCGAAGUUUGAUGAACGAGGUGUACCGACUCAUUUGGCUGAUGGAACGGAGAUCACGAAGAGUCAGAUCAAAAAGCUGGAGAAGGUGUACGAAGCUCAAAAGAAAAAGUAUCAGCAAUAAAUAUUAGUGCUAAUAUAAAUUAAUUUAUUGUUUUUUUUCAGUGUUCUUUCUAAUAAUUGUGCUUUAUAUUGCGUUUCUGUUUUAUUAGAUUCUUUUUUUUAUUCCCCCCCCCCCCUUGUUCAACAUAUCUACUGGGUAUCCCUCUCUGACGACUUUUGACACAUACAUAAAUCCAAAAAAAAAACGGUGGUUUAUUGUUCUUUAUUAAAUGUACUUUAUUGUAAUCCGCAGAAUCCAAAUAAAUCAUGUGUCUUCCUGAGC